ACAGUUACAAAUAAUACGUGGAAGUGAAAAUAACACUUUUCGCAUCUCGUUUUGUGUUUUGUUUAAUUCCUCCAAAUUCCAUGAAAACAUUCCCGUCGCUUGGCAAAUAGAAGUUAAGAGCAAGGUGCAAACAUGUCCGCGGCCCGAAAACCUACUGACGGUCUGCUGGCGCGCGUCAAUUUCCCACUGUACGCCAUCGAAAUGCUGACCAGCCGUCACGUUCUGGUAGCAGGUGGUGGUGGUGCUUCGAAAACAGGUGUUGCGAAUGGAUUUGAAAUCUACGAGAUCUACCACGAUGGGGAAAAGUACGUUGCGGAUGAGGUGAUACGCCACGAAACGGGCCCAUCGGUAGUGAUGAACUGUGCGGUGAAGAAUGACGAAAAACGUACCCUGCUGAUGGCUGGCCAGGAGAGCCACUGUCAGAUGUAUCUCGUAAACACGAUCAUCGAUGCGGGAGACUACAAUCCCACCACACCCAUCUCGAACAAAACGGACCAAGAAGGGGUGCGUAAGCGGAGAAGUAUUUCCCAACAACGCCCCUUACCUGUGAAUGCGCCAACGGCAACAACUACUACCGGUGGCGAUUCGAAAAAAACCGACGACGGAAAACCGGCACCAUCAGCACCUCGAAAACAGAUUCGGUUCGAAAUCAAAACAGCUGACUCGGUUCAGACCGACUUUACCGAAGCGGAACCACUGCAGCGAGUCGUCCGAAUCAGUGCUAACGGACGUCUGAUGGCAACGGGGGGUAUGGAUGGCCAUCUGCGGGUAUGGAACUUUCCAAAGAUGACACUCGCGUCGGAUAUUGCGGCGCACACCAAGGAGAUUGACGAUCUGGACUUUAGUCCGGACAGCAAGCACGUUGUAUCGAUCGCAAAGGACGGUCUCGGAGUCAUCUGGUCGAUCAAUCCGGACAAAGAGUCGAAAAAGCUAGUCUGGAAUCCGCCAGCGAAUUGUCGCUAUCUGUUGAAACGCUGUCGGUAUGGUUUGGUGGAGGGCGUGAAGGACAAAUUCCGGCUAUUCACGCUUGCCAACCCGUUUGCCAAAUCCGGUAAGGCGAAGGGAUUACUGCAGCAGUGGGAUCCCGAUGCGGGCCGCUUGACCGGAGUGGUCGAGAUCGAUGAGUCGUUGGCUGCCCUGGCGGUACGGGACGAUGGGCGAUUUGUGGCGAUCGGUACGAUGUUUAGCGGUUCAGUGUCCGUCUACAUUGCCUUCAGCCUGCAGCGUGUACUACACGUUCCAAAUGCACACGCAAUGUUUGUAACGGGCCUAGAGUUUCUCCCGGUAACGAACUUCGAUGGACCAGCCAUCACCGGUGACACGGAGGCGGCUGUGCUUUCGAUUUCGGUUGACAAUCGCAUCUGUGUUCACAGCUUACCAUAUAGGCAUUCCCUGCCAGCGUGGGUGGCUAUUAUCGCAAUCAUCUGUAUAUUGUUUUUAACAUUCUGCUUCUGUUCGUACGUUGGGCUGUAG